AUGCAACGUAUGACAGGAGCGAGUAUACUAGAUAUGGUCUAUGGGUACAAGGUCGAGCCAUCUGGGCCAGACCCUCUCGUAGAUAUUGCUGAUCUUUCCAAUAAGCAAUUCUCCAUUGCAGUGCAAACUGGAAUUUGGAUAGUUGAUAGUGUCCCUAUAUUAAAAUACCUUCCCACUUGGUUUCCGGGGGCCGGAUUCCAACGCACAGCGCGGGAAUGGCGUCAUAAUUUGACCAGCUUGGCAGAGAGGCCAUACGCAUUUGUCCUUCACCAACGAAGCAAGCAAAAGGACGCGGCUUCGUAUGUCUCUAGACAUUUGGAUUUACUAAAUAGCCCGGCCACACCGGAGGAGGAAAGCGUCAUUAAGUGGACAGCAGGAGUCAUGUAUGCGGGUGGUGCAGAUACAACUGUAUCUACGCUCUUAACAUUUUUUCGCGUCAUGGCUCAGUUUCCAGAUAUCCAGCGCCAUGCUCAAGCAGAAAUCGAUAUCGUAGUUGGGUCAAGACUUCCCACCAUGAGCGAUCGUCAAAAUCUUCCGUAUGUUGAUGCCCUCAUCAAGGAAGUCAUGCGUUGGCAUCCCAUUGCACCCUUGGGGGUUCCUCAUAUGGCAACCGAGGAGGAUGAAUACAAUGGGUAUCGGAUUCCCAAGGGGGCAGUUUUGGUCGCAAACAUCUGGUCAUUUGCACACGAUCCUGAAAUAUAUAAUGAACCGAUGAAAUUCAACCCGGAUCGAUUCUUGGAAUGCGAGGAUGGCAUUGCCCCCGAGUGCGACCCUCAAAAGGUGGUAUUUGGAUUCGGGCGCCGGAUCUGUCCUGGUCGUUUUCUCGCCGAUGCAAGCCUGUUUCUCACUAUCUCAAAGUCACUCGCGGUCUUUGAUAUUGCGAAAAGUGUCGGAGAGGAUGGCAAGGAGAUAGAUCUCCCAGAUGAGUUUUCACCUGGUAUUAUCAGUCAUCCAUCCCCAUUCCGCGUGCAAGUUAGACCGCGCAGUAAACAUGCCGAAAUGCUAAUUAGAUCUGUUGAGCUGGAAGAUCCGUGGCUGGAAGGGGAUUCGAAGGUGUUCAAUGAUAUCCAGUUCUAA